GGUUGCCGAGUUUGAGAAUUUAUAAAUCCGCACCGCAUGCACGUGGAUCUGUUUGUUUUCACCUUUUUGCAUGUUUUGAAGUUGAAAACACUUAAGCCAUGGCAGACAAUGACGUGACACCGAAGUACACUCCCGAGCAGCUGGCAGGCGAUGGGGUCAGCAAGAAGGAGCUGUGUGGAUAUCUGCAGGAAAUUGCUUCAUUCCAGUUCAUGCAAACGAAUGGUCUCAAGGGAUCCCUAGCCAACGUUGCCAAGAAGAAAUCUAAAACUCAACUGAUUGAGGACCACAAUAAAUUGUUUGAAGAAAAGGCGUUCAGGAAGGAGGGAGAGGAAGACACGACGCAGAAGAAGACGGCUGAUGUGAAAACGAUUACUGAAGACACGAAGAAACUUACUGUGCAAGAGCCCGAGGAAGGUCCUCCAAAGUAUGAAAAGCGAAUUCUCAAGAAGGGAAACAAGCGCGAUUAUCCAAAGAAAGGCGACACCAUUGAAGUCUGGUAUACAGGAAAAUUACCAAAUGGAGACGUCUUUGAUACCAAUGUCACUAGCACAAAGAAGACCAAGAAAAUCCCCUUAAGAUUCAAAGUUGGUUCUGGUAAAGUAAUCAAGGGGUGGGAUGAGGCAGUGAAGUCGAUGAGCUCGGGAGAGAAGUCCGAGUUUAUCAUCAAGUCCGAGUGGUGUUAUGGAAAGAAAGGUCUAGAGGGGAGUAUCAAACCAAACACAGACCUGACUUUCGAGAUCGAGCUCUAUGCAAUAUUACAAUGCUAACAGUGCGGGGAGUGACACGGUGGAGAAGAAAACAGUUGGUCAGGAUUAUCUUUGGACAGUUUCUACUUGAAUUUCCUUUAAAAUAAACAGGUUAAAACCCUAGCUGGUGCACUGUAAACUAUUUACUUUUAUAUCGAAUUAUCAUACAUGUUGCAGGGCAAAAAAACAAAGGCUUCCCUUGUGUUGUUUUAUUCAGCAAUGCCUGCAAGGCAUGUACUGGGUGUUAAAAAAUAAUCUUGUUGAAUUUAAAGAUGAAUCUUUUUUUUUUUUAAACAAUGUUUUCUCAACUAUUUCCUUUCCCGGGACAGACCAGCUCGGCGAGCUGGAAGGCUGGCCAGGUUCAUGGCAGUCUGGGGAAUGGUUUCUCCGGGGUGUCUAUACAGGAGGUCGGUUACCAACCAACUAUUUAAGACAGCUGCCUGAAAUUCACAUGACGCCAUUAAUCUACAGUGCACCCAGUCAGUGGGUUAAAUCUGUGUUCAUACUAUCUUUUGUAAUUAUAUUGUAUAGAUGCAUCUAUGCAACGUGUUAAGAAAAAGUGUACUUCCGAUGUUUGAAAAUUUGGUACGGCAGGUUUUGUUGUGGUAUGCUACGUACCAUAUUUCCAAGGAGCAGGACAAGUUUGCCGUUAAAGGGCUUGGGAGAGUUUUAUCCGGUGAAUUCCAUAUCAGAGUGGGUUAAAAAUGCUGCGGGGCGGUAGGGGUUUAAACUGAAGCACGGAUAAGAAAGUGCAUCAUUUGAAGAGGUUUAUGUGAUACUGAAAUCUGGUCGGGGAGGGGGGGGGGGGGUAAGUCAUCCUGGUUUUGUUAUUUGGUGUGUUCAUAUGACUGUUGGACUUGAGAAGGAAAAAGAUGAAGAAGAAUUUGUUUUUAUCAAAGCGCCAACACAUAUUGUGCUAGGCAGAGGUAGGGACAACUUGGGUGAGGGAUUUAGAGGGCCAGGAGGAUGAUAAUCCCCUGUGUGCUGCACAUUUUCUACAUAAAAUGUAGAAACAUUCCAAGAAUACUGCAAGCUGGGUAAAAUUCGUAACUGUUUUUAUUUUUGCGAUUUAGGAGGCAAACGCAAAUAUUCGAAUGCUAAUGAGUUUAAAAACUCAUUUAUUUCAACUGUAUUGUAUCAACAAUUAAAUCUUCGGCAUCAAACGUGGAAUUCAGUCGACGCCGAAUGAAAAAAUAAGCAAAAUCGUGAACUUUUGGCUUAGCAAACAUUACCUGGUUUUCAGUUAGCAGAUGACAAUUUGUAUGCCUCUUACUUUGGUUCUUUCAGAUGUGCUAUUAUUUCAAUAUUUCAUUGGUCACAAUCGAUACGACUGCUAGAUAGUUUUCAUCCCAAAGCUGUUGACACCUCAAUUAUGUGAAAACCAGACUUUUUAUGUUUACUUGCAAAAGAUCCUGUUGUGAUUGAUAUUUUGGCCAUUUUUAUACCCUCAUUACGUUUUCAAGAAUACUUGAUUUUCCCCAGAACAGUGCAGAAGUUCAUUCUCUUCUCAAAAGUCACUUUAGAACUAGUCGGGGGUUUAAAUAUUGGGGGCUUUUGAACUUUUUCCCUUGGGUUUAUAACUUUUCUCCACAUUCUUCGAGUUUUUGGUGUGUCCUGCCUCUGGAUUUUGGUCUCUUUGGGAAAUUGGAGACAUUUUUCUAAUGAUUUUGUUUGCCGUGCUUGUGUUUGCUGGGUUUUAUUAAAAACUGCAAUAAAAAAGUCUUGUUGUGUCCUGUUAUUCAAUUCAUGUUUAAAUAAAUGAAUUGAAUCCA